UUGAUUAGGUCACCCCGGGAUCGCCGUCGUCUGUGCAGUUGUGCUGGUGAUCGGCGAGCGGCCUGGGCGGCUCGGCAGUACCUGUUAUAUCUCUCUGUGACACCGCCUUUCCUGGGCGGCUGUCGGGACACUCCGGGAGUUCACCAAAGUCUUAGAAAUGUCUACAGGACAGAAAUGUUCAGGACCCGACCCUGACCAGCACAGACGUGUGUCUGUUAAGUCUGAACCUGGAUUUCUGGAGCGUCUGGGUGCGACAGCAGGAGGAACAGUCGUCGGUGUCGGGUUGUUUUUUCUCUCCAUCUAUAUUCUCUUCACUAAUGAGGGGCGAGCUCUGCAAACAGCCACUUCUCUGGAUGAAGGUCUCUCUCAGGUCAUAUCGCUGGGGCCUUAUUCCAGCCUCGACCUGCAGAACAAUGACCGUUUAGUUCAUCUGUCGGCGCAGCUGCGUACUCUGGAGCCCCUCCAUGACCCCAACUACCGGGUGGUGGUUCAGGCUGUGAAGCUCAGAAGGGAGGUGGAGAUGUAUCAGUGGGUGGAGCACCAUGAAAGCAGGGACUAUAAAGAGAACGGGGAAACCAAAACGGAGACGACCUACACCUACAACACGGAGUGGAAAUCAGAGGUGGUAAACAGUCGUAACUUCGAUAAGGAACUCGGCCACCAGAACCCAAGCGCCAUGCCCGUUGAGAGCGUGACGGUGGUCGCCCAUGAAGUCCGAGUGGGACCUUUCAUUCUGUCCAAAGGCCUGGUGGAGCAGAUCAAUGACUUUAAGACUCUGAGCCUGGGGGGCUUCACAGCCCUCAAUCUGGACCCUUUCCUCUCCGUUCACGACGAUUACUUCUAUCACACUCAGUUCCCGCUCCGACCCCAGGUCGGGGAUGUUCGUGUGAGGUUCUCCUUUGCUGGACUGAGUGGUGAGAACACUCGCCUCGGCCCGCCAGUAACUGUGAGCAUUGUAGCCAUGCAGAGAGGAGAAAAACUGCUGCCCUUUAAAACCAAGUCUGGAGACUUUCUGGAAAUCAUCUAUCUGGAGGAGCUGACUGCAGAGGAAGUGUUUGACAAGGAGCACCAGCACAACAGAAUGAAGACGUGGGGGCUACGGGCGGCCGGCUGGGCCCUCAUGUUCAUCAGUAUUCAGCUGACCACACGCAUCCUCUACACACUGGUGGAUUGGGUGCCUCUCCUCAGGGAUCUGGUGUCCGUCGGCCUGAAGAUCUUCGCCCUGUGCCUCUCCUGCUCGCUGUCGCUGCUCGUCGUCGGCGUGGGUUGGCUCUUCUACAGACCGCUGGUGGCGGUCGCUCUCGGAGCCCUCGCCCUGCUUCCCGUGUUUCUGGCGCGUUCGGGUCUUCCUCCAAAGAAGAACGAAUGACUAUCGGAGUGAGGAUUUUGACGCGUUUUGAGCGUGGCCUCACCCGUGCAAGCAGAGGUUUCAGACGAUGUUGUACGGCUGCUUUCCCCGCAAUGAGCCCCAAGCUGCACUCCAACCAUCUUCAUGUUUCCGCCCAAAGAAUCUCCUAGACACCGAUGGGAGUUUCUGUUGCCUUCGCCUGUGGUUGCCGUGGCCUUUCAGAGUUUAACGAAGCAUUAAAGCACUUCAAUCGGCCAAAUGAGACACUCAGUACUUUUUAUUUUUGGUGUAAAUAAAACUCUUCAGGCAGGCGUUGCCUCGGGUGGAGGUGGCUUCAUAUUUCUGUAAUUCAUGCGCACAUGCGAGAGCAAACCUGAAAGAAAUACUACAGGUUUCUUUAGCCAUUUUUUAUGGUCAAAUUUAAUACUAAUUCCAGACUAAAACUGGCUAAUUUCAGUCCAUUUUGGCCAUUAUUUAAAUAGCAUUUCUGCUAAUAUCUCUAUUAAUGUCAGACAAAGCCUGCCUAAACCGCAAACUGCGGAUGGAUGAAUGGACUAAUAGAUGAAUUGGAUUGACUGAUGGAUAAUGGAUGAAUAAAUUGACAGACAGGUGGGAUGAACAGAUGUAUGGACAGAAGAAUGAAUGCAUGCAUUCAUGCAAAUUGCUUUUUGAAUAGAUGGAUGAAUAAACAGAUGCACUGAUGAAAGUGUGAAUCGAGGGACUGACAGAUGGAUGGGCGUGGCAUGAAAUCCAGAUCUGGUGGUACUACAUAUAUUUUCCUUACAUAUCCAGACCUGGAAAAAAAACUUAAAAUCCCAGAUUCCUCCUAACUGAAUCAGUAACCCUAUAAAGUGUGUUUUUUGCUGUUACCGCUAGGCUUUAGGAGGAUUCAGUGUGUGUUGCUGUUCAACUGCAUCAUACAGAUAAUCUGCAGAAACUCGCUGUUUACACUCAGGCCACACUCAAUAAGUUUAAUUGCUUUCAGGUAUGGGAUUACAUUUAGUUUUAUUGAUGCAUUUAUGGAAGUAGGUCAAACAAUGCAGCCCGGGUAUCUUGUAAAGAUGCAGAAUAAUUUAUUUUUUUUACUUUUCUUAAAAAAUAAAAUAGAUGGUAGACAGUUUUCUAUUUUUAAAACUCAUACAACAGAGGGUUCUUCAAAUGAAAAGCUUUAUCUAUUAUCAUUCUUGGUAACUUUAUUUGUGUUUUUCUUGCGGAGGUUUGACAAUCAGGGAAUAAAUUGGGCCUAAAAGUAAACCUGUCUAUACUGCAUCUGUUUACUGUAUACCUCAUUCAUUACAAACAUGGCUAAGGGUGGGGUGAUGGCUGAAUGUAAAUGAUGCAUGAAAUGUUUUCACCUGUGAACGUUGCAUGUUGAAUAAAUCACCUUUUGACGUCUGA